CUAGAGAAGAAGAAGCAUCAUCAUGGCGACCUUGUGCAGGACGGUGCUGCGGGUCCGCGGGUCUGCUCGGCUGGCCCCCUGCGGGGCCACCAGGACCUUCUGCAGCGCGGAGCCGGGCGGCGGGCCGCCCCCCGCGGACAGGGCCGGCAGGUCCGGCUUCGCCGCCGCCUUCCAGCAGCAGACGGAGCUCCGGGAGGCGGGCGGAGCCCCCGCCGGCCCCGCGGCCGCCUCCCCCGGGCAGGAGGAGAGCUUCGCCGCGCUGCUGCGCAGGUCUCCGCUGCUGCAGAUGGGACCCGCCAAGGACAAGGUCGUGGUCGGCAGGGUCUUCCACGUGGUCGGGGACGACCUGUACAUCGACUUCGGCGGUAAAUUCCCCUGCGUGUGCCGGCGGCCCGAGGCGGGGGAGCGGCUACAGCGGGGCAGCAGGGUGAAGCUGCGGCUGCAGGACCUGGAGCUCACCUCCCGCUUCCUGGGGGCCAACACCCACACCACGCUGCUGGAGGCCCAGGCCCUGCUGCUGGGGGCCCUGGAGCCCAAGGACGGGAGGGAGGGCCGGGACGGGAGCUCCUGAACCCAGACUCUCAAACUGUCCGUGUGGAAAUAAAUACAUGUGAGGAUUUCUGAAAGGACUCUGGUGGAGGAACCAGACUGAACUGAAGAGACUGCAGAUGAAACAGUAAAGUGUUUACUGGAUGGAGGUGUAACUGUGGAAACACUUGAUCAUGUGAAGUGCACUAAUCAGUGUUUUUCAUAAGAAGUAAACGUUUCUGUUUUCAGUUUCACUGGGAUUAAAGUGUGUAAUUGU